AUGCUUUCGUCAAGCAGUUAAAAUAAGUAGGGCUACUGGAUUGAAAAGCUUAAAGAAAUAUUGAAGGAAGAAAAGAUAGAAGAAGAGGAAAGCUCUUAGUUUAAUAAUUCAAGUGAUGGUAAUAUAUAAAAUUAAAACUCUGGUAUAAAAACACAAGAGAGUAUGCCAGGCUCAGCCAAUUCUCAAAAUGAGAUAUCCUUUCUUGAAAAUGAUAAUAAGCAAGGCAAAAAGGAAUAGAAUAAAAUAAUGUAUUAAAAAGUAGCUGAGGCAUUCUAUAAAGAGCAAUCUUUUAUCAUAGAUAAUGAUGAAAAUGAAGAACAAGACAAAUAAAUUUAGAAACUAAAAUAGGAAGUAGAAGAACAAUAAAGCUUUUUUGAUAGCGAAGAUGAAUUUGACAAAGCAUAUAAUGAUUAAAAGAAUAAAGCAUUCUUAGAUAUUGUAGAAAUGAACGAUUUCGACAGAAUCAACCAAUACCAAGAUCAUACCAUAUUUUAAAAAAUCUAUAAAAAAAUAUGGUACACUAAAGUACUUAUUAAUUGGAUUGCCUUGAAAAUUAUAAAUCAUCCUGUGUUUGAAGUGAUUUCGCUAGGUGUUAUUAUUUUUAAUUCUAUACUCUUAUCACUUGAUGAUCCAACAACUAACAGCGAUAAUAACGCAGAGAUGGAUUAAGCUUUGCUCAUCAUUUACACAAUAGAAAUGGGUCUUAAAAUUAUUGCUUUAGGUUUUAUUUUCAAUAAAGGAGCUUAUUUGCGUGACACAUGGAAUAUUAUUGAUAUAGUUAUUAUUAUUACUGGUUUCUUACCUUAAAAUGAAAUUAAUCUCAGCGCUUUGAGAUCUUUAAGAGUCCUUCGUCCUCUUAAGUCUAUCACCAAAAUCAAAGCUCUCAAAUAAUUAAUUUAGGCACUAUUAAGUUCUAUACCGCUCCUUAAAGACUCAAUAAUUAUUUUAUCCUUCUUUUUUAUUAUAUUUGGUAUCGCAGGUCUCUAGCUUUUCACAGGUUAACUUAAAAGUAGGUGUAUAGAUCCUUAAUUAGGAAUAAUGGAAGGAGAUGAUGGAGAUAAUGUCAUUGUUUGUGCUUCUGAUUCUGAUUGCGCAAACACUCCAGAAUAUUCACUAAUUUGUUCAAAAACUAUGAAAAGUCCUUUCUAUGAUACUAUUUAAUUCGAUACUUUCGGCUGGUCAGUUCUUAAUGUUUAUGUUAUUGUUUCUUUAGAAGGCUGGACAUAAAUUAUGAACCUUAUGCAAUCUGGUUUUUCUUACUACUCGAUUUUUUACUUUUUCUUUGUAGUUUAUAUUGGGGCAUUCUUUUUAAUGAAUUUAACAAUGGCUAUUAUUGGUGUAAAAUAUACUGAGUCUAUAUCAAAUUAGCAGUCAAAAGUAGAUAAGAAUCAAACAUCCUAAGAAUAAGAAACAGGCUAUAACAUAAAAGAUAUGAUCGAGUGGGGAAUAUAUAAGUCAAACAAAGUUUAUUACAAAGAAUUAGAAGAAGAGAAUAAGAAGCAGCACUCGCUAUUUGGUUUCACAGAGACGUUUGGAAUGCUAGCUGACAAAUUUAAAUCCUUAUUGUUAAAAUAAUCUAGCAGCGGAAAGCUAAGUUAAGACGAUACCAAAAAAAAUAAUAAGUAAUCAUUAGAUAAUUUAGAAUAAGUUAAGGAAUAUAAAGUUAAAAUGAAUAACUCCCAUCAUUCAAUACCACAAUUACAACCUUAAUUAUAAGCAUCAAUAAACGGAGAUAAUAUUUUUAGUAAAUAAUAAUUAAUUGAAAAAGAAGUAGAUAAUAAAGAAAAUUAAUAAAAUAACCUCGUAAGAACUCUUUCUUAAGCUCCUAGAAUUCCUAUAGAAAAUAUUGAUAAUUUCUAAAUUAAAUUUACUGAGCAGCCAAAACAAAAAACUUUGGUCUAAGGAGGCUAAGCAAGAAAUCUAAGAAAUAACAGGUCUAAGAUACUAACUAAAAAAAUUUCUAAAGUUGAUAGUCUUUUAUCAUCUACUAGAAUAGUUCCAUUAAAUCCUGCUUCAAAUGAACCCAACUAAUAUAAAUAGUCAAGAUUUUAAAAGUAAAAUAUUGCAGCCUAAGAAAUUAAAAAAGCUUCUUCUUUAUUGAGCCAAAAUUGCUCAGAGUAAGACGAUUAACAUUUAAGUUAAACUAAUGAAGACAAAGUUAAUAAAAAAAGAAGUAACUCUUAAAACAAAGAAUUGAAUUCUAAUUAAAAUGAAUUAAUUUCUCCAGAAAUUCUACAAGAAUAACUUGAUUAGAUUAGCAGCAAAGAUGGAAAUCAAAAUUACUAUUCUAAUUCGAGGAAAUCUAGCUCAGUGUAAAGAUCAGCUGCCAAAAACAAAUCAUCUAAUAGCUAUUCACCAAACAAAAAUUAUAAGUAAAUUGUUGCUGGAGAUAGAAUAAUACACUUAGCACCAAUUUACUCAUAGAGUUCUUAAUUUAAAAAAAAUAAAAGAAAGUAAACAGUUAUUAGUGAAAAUGAAAAUAUGCUAAAUUCAAAGAGAUUAAGCUAAAAUAUGUUAUAAAGCAAAAGAAUGUCUUAGAUAGGAGGGGAUAUUAGAUUAUAACGAGACAGUUUGAAUUAAAAAAGUAAUGAAAAUUCUUUAUUAAAAGCUGAUUAAGGUACUUAAGAAUUUAAUAAAGAAUUAAGAAGGAAAUCUAAAAGAAAUAAUCAAAUAUCUAAUAUGAUUUUAGACAGCAUGAAUUCAAGCUCUAAAAGAAAUAGUAUUUCUAAGCUAUACGACUCAGUUAAUUCUGAUUAGUUUGCUCAAGAUGAUUUCUUAAAAGAAAUAGAGGUUUAAGAAAAAAUUCUAAGAUAUAAUUAGAAAUAUAAUGAAAAUGAAAUAAACGAGAAGUUAAAUAAUGAUGCAUAAAUUGAAAAUAACUACUCCUCUAAUAAAAUGACCAUAAAUUAAUUAAAAUCUAGAAAAUUAAAGUAAAAUGAUAAUCAAGACUAAACUGAGAAUUAUCAAGUAUUACCUGAAAAGCUAAAAUUAGAUAACACUCGUAAAGAGAAACAUGAAUAAAAGUAAAACGAUGUAUCAAUUUAAAUGAUAUAAUAAUAUAGAAGAGAUAGAAAAGAUAAGAGCAAAGAGAGUGUAUCCAAUUCAAUUUAAUCAAGGAGAAUAAAUUAAACAGCUUCUUAAGGAAGUUAAAAUGAAAGUAGUCAAAGAGGUAAAACAAAAACAAAUAGUGCUUUGGAUUAACUAUCAGAAGUGUCAGAAAUGUCCAUGGUUUAGUCAUAAAACAAUAGAGGAGCUAGCAGAUCUAGAAAAAAUACUGUUACAUAUGUUCCUGGAAUUCCUCAAGAUGAAAUUAGAUAAACCAAACCAACCAUCAUAUUCAAUGAUGCAGAAUUCCUAAAUAUUUUUGGAAAGUAAGAUCAUAAUAAGGAAACAAAAAUGCAUUCUGACCAAUAAAACAAGAAAAAGCAUACAACUGUAAAAGUACAAUAAUAAAAUUAAGAAACAUAAUUAAAGAGAUAAGAAAGCCGUAAAAUAGAUAGAAAGUAUCAUGCAAAUGUUGAUGAAAAACUUGAUAUGAAAAAGGAAGAAAUGAAACUUUUGCUAAACUCUAAAAUAUUGAAACCAAGAGUGCUUUUAGAACAGCCAAACGAAUACACUGAGGAUAUUCAACCAUAAAAAAAAUAAGAGUAGCACGAAAAAAGGAGAGCUGAGUAAAAUAAAAAGCUAAAAAGUUUAAGAUUCGUCAUUAAAUAUUUUUCUCAAAAAAAACUAUCAAAGAAGAAAUAAUAAAAAAAAGAAGAUUUAAGAAAACUGAUCCCAUACAAGAGAUCUGCUAGAAUAGAUGGUUUGAAUAAAGAAAAAUUAUUUGCAGUACUUGACAAUCAAAAUAUUGAAGAAAUUUACUAAAAUAAAUUAUCUAUCAAUUUAGAUAAAGGCAAUAACUUUAACAACUUUGAUAACAAAAGCUACCACAGUCAUAAAAACUAAAAUAUUGAUGAUAAGAUAAAAGGCGCUCCAUCUUCACACAAUAUUAUUGAAAGAAUAUAGCAUUAAGAGGGUUUAGAACCUAGCAUAAAUUAGGCUUAAUCUAGUGAAAAGUACUAGGAGAAUAAUUUGGAAGAUGUUUCCCAGAAUAACUAUAACAUAAAUUUAAGUGAUAGGAAAAUUGAUAGCACUCCUGCUGUAUAACUAAAAUAUGAUGAAAAUACACUAAAUAGACUAAAAUCUAAAAAGUCUAUAAUUGACGAAAUAAAAAAAUAAGAUGAAUCAAUUGAUUCUAUAUCUUAGAAAAAGCACCAAUACUCUUCAACUAAACCUAUAAGGUUAAAUUCCAACUAGGAUAGAGCAGGAAAAAAGAAAAAAGUAGAAACUGAAAUAAAAUGGGAAUAAUGGGAUUACUAACAUGCACUUAAUAAGAUUUUUUUUGAUAUCGAUGAAGAAGAUUAAUAGAAAUAAAAAGAAAAAAAGCAUCAAAACUAAAGUGAAGGUGCACCUACUGUUGAUUUAUCUAAAAGUAUAUUUUCUAAUUCAAAUUAUAUACACAAAGACUCCAGAUUCAGUGAAGGAUCAGAAAGCAUACUUUCUAAAUCCAACAUGAUAGAUGAAAGUAACCUUAAUAAUACUAGCAAUUCAAUUACCUUAGAGUUUUCAGAGAAUUAGACCAGUAAAAAAUAAGCUCAAGAGAAUAAAACAGAUUCUGUAUUCAACACGGAAUUUGAAAAGGAACCAAUUGAGCAUGACUACGUAUCUACUAGAAAAAAAGAAAUCCUUAACUUAGAGAAAAAAGGCUAAAAUCUUAUUAAAGUAGAUUGGUCAGGUGAUGCUGUCAUCCCUUCUACUAUUGCCAUCAAAGAAUAAAAAUAAUUAAAUCUAAUUAUUUCAAAACUUAAUAUUUCGAAGUACGAUAUGGAAUAAAAUGAAGGAGGACUUAUUGGAAUAAUCUAAGCAUUAAGAAGAAGAAUUAAGUAUAUAGUACAUUCCCCAAUUUUUGAAUAUUCAAUAAUGAUUUGUGUUAUUAUCAACACCAUCAUUCUCAGUUUAGAUGGAAUCGUCACAGACACACAAGGGUUAUAAACAAUAAGUUAAUUUAAUAUUUCAUUUACUUUUAUCUUUGCAAUUGAUAUGAUUUUAAAGAUUAUUGGUGAUGGAUUUACAGAAUAUGUUUCUGAUAAAAUGAAUAUAUUUGACUGCAUUAUUGUUUGUCUAUCAUUAUUUGAACUCUUCUUUAUCACAGAAACGGGAAGUGGUAGUUCAUUUAGUGCAUUUAGAGCGAUUAGAAUUUUAAGAGUUUUUAGAGUAUUAAGAGUGACAAGAUUAGUCCGUUCUCUUUAAUUCAUGAAACUAAUGAUUACAGCUAUAGGUUCAUCUUUGUCUUAGUUCAUUUAUAUUCUCUUGUUGCUAUUUUUAUUUAUGUUCAUAUACACACUUCUAGGUAUGAGUCUAUUUGGUGGUUCAUUUAAUAUGCCAGAUAAGCCUACAAGAAUGAAUUUCGAUAGCUUUUUAAAUUCAGCAUUUGCAAUUUUAUAGCUCCUAACCAUAGAAAAUUGGAAUACUUUACUAUAAAUUUGUAUUCGCUCAAAUGUUAGCAACUAUCUAUCUGUCCUUUUCCUGAUAUCAUGGAUGUUUAUUGGAAAUUACAUAUUUAUGAAUUUAGUGUUGGCUAUAGUAAUGGAUUCCUUCGACUCAGCUGAAGUAUAAGCAGAUAGAAGGGAAAUAGAAAAUAGAUUUGAAGUAGUCGAAGACAUUGACUUUAAUUACAGUAGUGUAGGUACAACCAUUCUAGCACAAACAUCUUAAUUUAGUUCUUCAGGCUAUUCUAACAGCUUGAUGAAUAAAAUAAAUAGCAAUAGUUUUUCAAAUAGCCAUAGAAAAUCAUAAACUGACUCGCAAUCUAUGCAUUCACAAACUCUUAAAUCAGGUAGCCAAAAUCAAAUUGAAGAUGAAGAUUUAGAAGAAGUCAAAAGAGAAAAUAUCAAUUAAGUCUAAUUCAUUUACUUUGCAGGAGUUAAGUGCUAGCAAUCUUUAUACAUCUUUUCUCAGUAAAAUAUAAUUAGAAAGAUUUGUUAUAGAGCAUUGGUGCAUCCUUUAUUUGAACAAGUUGUUUUAAUGGUGAUUGUACUGAGCUCAAUAAAACUAACGAUGGAUACUUAUGUGAAUGACUAAGAAUCUUAGAUUUAUAUUGUUGGGUUAUCGAUAGACAAGUUUUUUACAGCAUUCUUCGCUUUAGAAUCUUUAAUUAAAAUAAUAUCUCUAGGUUUGGUUUUAGAUGAUAACUCUUAUCUCAGAGAUAGUUGGUCUUAAUUAGAUUUUUUCAUAGUUAUUUGCAGUAUAAUUGAUGUAAGUGUUACUUCUAUAAAUUUAAGUGCGAUAAAGAUUCUCCGUCUUCUCCGUACUCUCAGACCUUUAAGAUUACUCAAUCAUAAUAAGUCAAUGAAAUUGAUUGUGACUGCAUUAAUGGAAUCUGUUGGUGGUAUUACUAAUAUGAUUAUGGUUCUUAUUCUUAUUUGGUUAAUGUUUGCUAUAUUAGCUUUAAAUCUAAUGAAAGGAAAGAUGCAUUAUUGCAAUGGCCCUGAUGAUUUAUCCUUGAACCUAUACGCUUACAACAAAUAAAAAUGCCUAAAUAUUCCAGGAGCUACUUGGGAAAUCUAUGAUAUAAAUUGUGAUAAUAUAGGAAGCUCAAUGCUUUUCCUAUUUAUUUUGUCUUCAUUUGAAGGAUGGCCUGAUUAUGUUUGGAGUUUUAUUGAUGGUGGUGAUGAUGGUCCUAUUCUUAAUAAUAGUGCUUACUUCGCAUUUUUCUUUGCUGUAUUCAUAUUUGUUGGUGGAUUUUUCUCUAUUAACUUAUUCAGUGCUAUUAUGUCUUUCAAUUUUGACAUAGCUCAGAAAAAAGCUAAAAAUAAAUACUUAACUGAUGAACAGUCAUAGUGGAUAGAAUUAUAGCGUAUGAUUGUUAAGUCGACUCCUGAUUUUAAUGCCUUAAAAAAACCUACAAACAAAAUAAGAUUCAUGCUAUGGUCAUUUGUCAGAUCUUCAUAUGUUGAGAUUUUUAUCAUAUUUUGUAUACUUUGCAAUAUUGUCACUAUGGCUAUGGCUUAUGAUACCUCACCAUAAUAAUAUGAUUAAAUUUUAAAUGACUUAAAUAUCUUCUUUACAAGUGUAUUUGUAACUGAAGCUAUUAUUAAAAUAAUUGCUUUCGGACUUUAGGGCUAUUUUUUUAAUGGCUGGAAUUAAUUUGAUUUCUUUGUAGUUUGUGCUUCUAUUGUUGAUAUAGUAACAACUUCUAUGGGUAGAUAAUUCAUAAGUUUCUUAAGAGCAGGACCAUAGAUUGCAAGAGUUCUCAGAGUCAUGAGAGUUUCAAGACUCCUAAAACUGAUCAAAUCAUUUUAAAAUCUCCAAAAGUUAAUUCAAACUACUAUCUUUGCACUACCUCACUUAUUGAAUGCAACUGCUUUAUUCCUGCUAUUUUACUUUAUUUUUGCAAUUUUGGGUUGCUAUCUGUUUAGUUCUGUCACAGAAGGAAAUGUUAUUGAUCAGUUUAAUAAUUUUAAAGACUUCCACUCUGCUUUUAUUCUCUUGUUCCGUUGUAGCACAGGAGAAGAUUGGAUGACCGUAAUGUUUGAUAUUGUUAAGGGGACUUCUAAUUAUUCUAUUAUAUAUUUUGUUGUGUUUAUUAUUAUACAAACUUAUAUGAUGAUGAACCUGUUUGUGCUAAUUAUUAUUAAUCAAUUUGAAGAAAACUACAUUGAUCCUGAUAACCCACUCUAAAACUUUACUGAGUCAGAAGAUAAUUUCAAGUAGCUUUGGGGUAUUAUGACAGAGAAAGAUUAGGGUAUCAAAAUACAUGAAAGAUUUUUAACAGAUUUUUACUUUUAGCUUUAAGAGCCUCUUGGAUAUGAUUACAACAUGAAAAAGAAGACUUUUAUUGAGAAUUUAAAACUGCACAACAGCGGUAUUAGUGAUGAAGAAAUAAAAUCUAAGUGUGAAAAAUUCAAAAUUAAACAAAGAUAAGAAGCUGAUAAACAUAUCAUGUAAAUGAAUAUUUAUUGUGACUAUGAAGGAUAUAUCUUUUUCAAUGAGUUGUUCUUUUAUUUUUUCAAAUUUUCUCUGAAGGACGAAGUAAAUGAUUUCCCUUAACCAAAAAAUUAGAAGGAACUUGAAAAAUAAAUAAAAGCUCUUUAAAUUAUGAGAAAGGAAGAAAGUAUUACCUUUAAGAGAAUGAAUUAUAUCAAAAAGAAACAAUCUUAGCUUAUAAAGCAGAAGAUUAACAAAAAGCGUAAAGAAGGUGUCAAUCCUAUGGUGAGACGUCUAUUUGUGGGAAUGUGCUUCUAAAGUUGGAUAUAAUACAGUAAAAGCACUUAAAAGAAAAUUAAUGAUUUAAACUUCAACCAUGAGGAUAUUUCAUCACAGUCAGAGACUGACAGUGAUUCUGAGAAUGAGGAAGAUGAAAUUGACUUCUUGAAAAAUGAUGAAAAAGAUGUGCUCUAAUUCCGUUAAAAUUUUAAGAAAAAAAUUAUAGAACGUGAACAUACAAUUUUCUCCAGACCAGUAGUUAAAAAUGAAAAAAAUCCUAAUAAUCUUUAUGAAAAGGAAAGAUAUGUUUAUCUUCCAAAUACAGAAAUAUACAAAGAUGAAUACGUGAUUGACGACAAAGACUAUUACACAAAGUAAGUUUUUUAGGUGGAAUCUAACUAAAAGAAACAAUAGUACUCUACUUAAGACUCAAAACCAUUUAGUGAAACUAAAAUAUAAAGAGAGCUACUGAAAUCUCCUACUAAUUAAUCAAUUGACACUCCAGUUAACUUCUAAGUCAAUAGUAACCAGAAUAUGUAUUCAUAAUCAAGUAGCUAAUAGAAACUUUCAAAAUUCAAUAACUAAUAAAUAAAUUAAGAAGAUGAACAAGAAGAAAAGCAAAUUAUUCUAGAAUCCUAAGAUCCCUAGCCUAUUUAAUUAAAAAUUCCUAGUAUAAACGUACUGUCAUCGUGCAAAGAUCUUUCAGAUGAAUAACAGGCAUAUAAAGGAAAUGAUAUUUAAAGUCUUAAUACUAUUUAAAACAUGCCUAGCAGUGGUACUAAUUUUAUAGAAAAAGAAGAGAUGCCUUUAACAUUAUAGACAAAACAAGUUGAUAUUGUUAGUAAAUUUAAAAACUAAUAUAAAUGA